GCUGACAAAGAAACAUUACCGACCGUAAGCAUUGUAGAUUUUGCUGGACAGUUUGCAUAUUAUGCUUGUCAUCAGAUUUAUAUAACACCGAAGGCCUUCUUCAUCCUUGUCUUAGACAUGACUAAGAAGUUUUCAGAUCCUGUCAGUAAAGACAAAGAUAAUCAAGAAGGAUCUAUUUUUUCCAUGUGGACUUACAGAGAUUAUUUGAAAUUUUGGAUUACCUCAAUCAAGACAUUUGGCGGCAAAAAGGCACCAGUGUUUGUUAUUGUCACUCAUGCAGAGAACAAAUCUACAAAUGAAAUAGAGAAAUUCUUCACGGAACUUUGGGAUACAGUUCCAGCUGAAGAAACAGACUGGUUAAGUGACUCUCUGAAUGAUAGAGAAUAUGCAGUAGGUCUGCUUGAACUAAAUGACAAUUCGAAACAAAUGCUGAAUUCUAUAAAAGAGUCCAUCGUAGAACUUUUUAAAAACGAAAUCAAUACCAAAAUGGAAUUGCCUUCUUCCUGGGCUCUAAUGGAACAAUUAUUGUAUGAUGGAGAUUGGAAGGUUUUGUCACUGGCUGAUAUUUGGAGGCUCAACUCAUCUCUUCCCCAUGAAUACAAAAUUAAAAGUAAUGGAGAAAUGUCUGAUUUUCUUAAGUGUUUCAAUGAUAAUGGUCUUAUUUUGUAUUGUGAAGAGAAGAAUUUGAGAGAACAUGCAAUACUGGACAUCCAAUGGUUUGCCAAUGCCUUUAGUAAGAUUAUUGCUGAUGAAAACCAUAUCACUAAAGAUUGUAGAAGGAGUUUAAGAAGGGAGUGGAAAUCCUUCAACAAAACAGGGGAACUUAAAGAAAAAGUGGUAGAUGCUCUGUGGAAAGAUGAACCCUCAUACCUGAAACACAAAAGUGAAAUUAUGUCUUAUAUGGAGAAACUUCAAAUGCUGGUACCUUUGGAAUCCUUUGGGGCUUUAUCGGAAGGUGGUAUGACAUGGUAUGUCCCUUGUAUGAACAAAAAACAGUUUAAAGCUGAUUUCUGUGAAGAAAAAUGGGACCGCUCAUCCAUUUUGUGCUUUCGAUUCACUUCUUUUGCCAUAUUUGAGUUCUACAGAUUGGUGGCUUAUUGCAUAGGUGUUCUAAGUUGGAAAGUUUCAACAGACGGAGAUAAUGAGGGAAAUCUAUGCCUUUAUCAAACAGCAGCCGUGUUUGAUUGCAAAGAACACACAGUAGCUAUCGGAAUAUGUAAUGAUGAAAUUCAAUUGCAAGUUUUGCGAAUUAAACCAUUGACUGUAGAAAAAGAAGUAUCAAGUAAAAUCGGACACUCAAUCGAAAAUGCUGUAGAAAUAUUGACAAAAACCUUCACUGACACAAAAAAGUUCCAAAAAGGGAUUAAAUGCCAGAAAAAUAUUUUUUAUGAGAAUGAUACAUCGUUCACCCUUGUAAGUGAACUCUCCAAAAUCAAGACUGAAAAAACUCAGUGCGCAUGUCGACUUCAAGAAAAACAUAUCAUAACUUUGCAAAAGACUCUGGGUUUCUGGGAGAAGAAAAGAGAAGGAUCACCAAGAAAAAGUUGUACCUAUCCCUUCUCCAAAAGAGCCUCUCAGAAGGACGCACUGACAAGUCAUUUAAAGGCCGAAGUCAUCAGAAGUGUAGGACUUAUUUAUGUUGAUGGACAUCCGGCAGGAACAGGAUUUAGGGUAGGAGAAAAGUACAUCAUGACCUGUCUACAUAUCAUCGAAAGGAUUGUUCAAGGUCCCCUAGACUUUAUCCGAUGUGAGAGGGUUUACAUACAGUUCGAGAGGAUGGUUCACCUCCAGAACACAGACCAGAGCAAAAUAUUCCUAAUUGAGCCGACCCUUGUGUACAAACAUCAAGAAUUUGAUGUUGCUGUAUUGGAAUUAAAAAAACAGGGAAUCCAGUUUCCUCAGCCUUUAACUUUGUUCAGUGCAAAUUGCCUCCCUUCUGAAGAGGUUCACCUUAUUGGCCAUCCAGGCGGUGUUCAAAUGAAGGAAGACAGUGAAGUAUAUCUUAGCGUUAUUGAGCCAAACAAUGAUGUUGACAAAUAUAUCAAGGAGCUUAGUGAAUGGAGCAUGGAAAAGUUCAUGAACAAUGUAGAUUAUUACUCAAGGUUGCGUGAAUUGCCAAGAAAAAUUUUAUUUCACACAACGUUUGACCAAGGAUCAUCAGGGUCCCCUGGCAUUUUGAUCAGGAAUCACAAACCCUGUGUUGCUCUUAUUGUGGCUGGUGGGGUUCCCUCUUUUUAUUAUGAAGAUGGGGUAUAUGUGGAACCGGAGAAGCGGGUUGAGUUUGGAUAUGCCUUGAGAGAUGUAUUUGAUGAAAUGCAGACAAAUGAAAUAAACAAAAAAUUAUCAUCAGAAAUUUUCAAAGAAUGGAUCUCUUAGAAUGUACACAUAGGUGUGUUUAAAGUUAAAAUGAAAUAAUCAUCAAAUGUGCAAUUAUGUGUA